AUGGCGCAAGAACGCUCCGGAAUCGUGGUCGGCUUGAACAAGGGCCACAAAACCACCCCUUUCCAGACCCCCAAGAACCGCAUCAGCCGCACCAAGGGUCAGUCCUCUCGCCGCACCGCUUUCGUCCGUGAGAUCGCCCGCGAGGUUGUUGGUCUUGCCCCCUAUGAGCGCCGCAUCAUCGAACUCCUGAGAAACACUCAGGACAAGCGUGCUCGUAAGCUCGCGAAGAAGAGACUCGGUACCUUCACCCGUGGCAAGAGAAAGGUUGAGGACAUGCAGCGUGUCAUCGCCGAGGCCCGCCGUGUGGGUGCUCACUAAAUUCAUUUCCCGUUCAAUGAAAGUUCUAUUAGCCAAGACAUUUAAAAAGAACGAAAUGACGAAAACAAACAAAUGAAUUUAAACCCUCUUCGUGUGGCUGAUUGGCAAUGACGUGUGUUCGUUGUAGAAGGGAAAUGACAAAAAAUGAAAAUUAAUAUUAUAUCCGGAGGGCAAAUACUGGCAGGGGAAAAUGGUGCUGCGAGUGUCUUGUCUUGUGCUGUCCUGUCUGGCCCUGUUUUCUGUCGCCAAAGGAUUUGAUUCCGUAGGCGUG